AUGGAAUUCUCCAAAAAAAAAACGAUUUCUAUCUCAAAUUCCUCAACUACUUUCACCUCUUUCUUUAAUAACCUAUUAGAGAACGCAUGUGAGGCUGACGAUUCACAUUUGCAGAACAACUUUUGGAAUGGAAUCGAUGUCAUCUACAACGACCUCAUCAAAAAGCCGGCAAUUCGGAAAAGCAUUGUAACGAACAAUAGGCGCAAUGGAAUGCACCUUCGCUCCGUUGGGAUCACUCUUGAAGAGGUGUUUUUUGGGUUACGGUAUAAUCCUAAGAUCUCAGCGUCGCUGCAAAGAGAUAUUGUGUCAUGGCUGGAUAUGAGGGAACAACCAGAACUUGAGGCCAAUAACAUCUAUGUUAUUCCAAGCGAGAAAUACAAGUAUAUUGAGGUUAUCGAAAGCCAUCUGAACCAGAGAAAAUUUCUCAUCGCUAAACCAACAUCUGAAUGUCCACUCGUUCCUUUGGAGCGUUGCAAUUUCGAGAUGAAGCUGCGAGCUAGCGGAUUCGGCUACGGUCUACCGGCGAGGAUGGCCAUUCAAAUAGUUAACAUGGCGUCGAACAUUUCGGAUGAGGAUGCCGUAUUUUUCGAUCCCGGAAGCGGCAAGUCCUUCAGUGCCAGAGUGAUCUUUCGUCUCGUUUUUCUUCACUUUGGUUCUUUCUCACCAUACUAUAUCGUGCCAGUUUCAGCUCAAGAGUAUUUGGAUCGCUUCGUUCAUCUCUAUCACUCUGUUGUCGAGGACAAUCAGUACGGGAUAAGUUCGGUCCACUACAGUAAUUUAUCCUACUCCGAUGGCACAAUCACCAACCGAAGGAACCACGACAAGUUGUGGUUUCAAAAGGUGAAUUUCACUCGGAAUGCUGAAGCUGUCAUCUGGAUCCACUCUCCUCAGCACGAAGUCCUUCCGAAUACUCCCAUUUCAGAGAUUAGCUAUCACCUGGACAACUGUUCUGUGUCAAACAAUCACGGUCCAGUGAUCGAGACUCAUCGCGACCUUUUUGCUUCGGCGAACGUCUUCCACUGGAACAUUUGGUCAAAUACGUUUGUGAACAAUUCGAACAGCGGUGUGGCGGUUCGACUCCCGGACACGUACGACCUGCUAGCCAAGCCCGAGCAUAGUUUUUGGAUGACGGAGAAUCGUUUUGAGAACAAUGACGACUUCUACGUGCUACUCGAUGGAUACUACACAUUUGCGAACAUCUCUUCGAACAACUUCACUGAUAAUUUUUCCAAACGAGGCCUGAUUGAGGUGAAAGGUAUGGAGAAGAAGCUGGUCGUCGAACGCAAUCGAUUCCUCACCAAUCAGGUGAUGGCGAUUACCUCACAAUCUGUUCGAAAUAUCCUCGUUAGCGCUUAUAUUCAAUACAACUACUUCCUACACAAUCAUUUCGUGAACGAGGACUAUGUGGAUUCAUGGCCCCGAUCUUACGCGGUGGGCGUGUUUGGCUCGCAGAAGGCCGAUGUUCACUUCAACCAGCUACGAAAUCCUCUCCUCGACUUCGAGCUCGUAUCCGGAUGCAAGUACAUUUCGAUCGAGGAUCGCAUGAACGUUUCGUACAAUUGGUGGGGCACCGGCAACGAUGCUGAGGUGGCUCAGCGCGUUUUCGACUUCGAUGACUGGAACACCUUCACUUUGGCGGAAUUUAGUCCGUUCUACGUCACUAACGAGCUGUUCAUCAAUUUCUGGUGGAAGCCAAGGAAGGGCCAGUUGGCGAAUGCCACAUACAGCGAACCGUCGGUUCUCGAUCUGAAGGGGCGAAUGUUCGAAUCGAAGAAUCUUACGUUGAUUCGGGAGAGAUGGCAUCAAUUCCCGCAUUAUUACAAGCCUUUUCGUCCUUAUCGUAUUACCCGAGACCUAACAAUAAUGCCCGGAGCGACGUUGUGGAUCGAGAAGGGAGUCGAGGUGCAUGUCUGGCCGAAUGUCCGCAUUCUGGUUCUUGGAGAUCUAAUUGCCGAUGGCACUUAUUGGGAACCGAUCAGGUUCAAACCAAUCAAUACAACGGAAUUCGAUGAAAUAAGGGGAAAAAUCGGUACGAGAUACAGGCGGAGCGUGAGUUAUCCCCGACGCUACAGGCGAAGUGACGUUGGUCUACGCGUCAGCAGUUGGCUAAGAAGCGGAAGAUCGAACCGGUUCGUGGUUAACCUUACUGAACACAAUACUCCUAUUAAUAUAACGCUCGCUAAAUCUGACGAAGUGUACUCAAAGUUCCCGUUGCUCUUUCGCGACGAUCCUUACUAUCAACGUUUUACGGUCUCGCUUACCAAUGACAGCUCAAUGCCAGGUCAAGCCGGGUUCUUGCAGAUCUACAACGCAACGACUGGGGAGACAAUCGCGUCUUGCGACAGGCAGUUCACCAUUAGGAAUGCCCAGGUUGUUUGCCGUGAGUUGGGAUUGGAGACGAUGAACGCUUACCAUUGGCUCACUCCACGGUGGGAUUUUAACCCACAAAUUCAUCUUGUGAAGACCUACAUGGAACCGCGCGAAUGCAGAGGAAACGAACCAAGCCUUGAUCGAUGUGAGCUUCGUCUUACCGGCAACGAUUCUCAAUGGCAAUGUAUGGACAACGAACAUUUCAAUUACAUCUAUUGUGGAACGAAUACCUCAUUGGAUCUGAUUUAUAUCGGAAAUUGGGGUGGCUUAAGCUUCGGCCGUGCUUCUUUAGACCAUGGCGAGAUACCACUGAAAGAGGCCUCAAUCCUUCGUCAUGUGGAAAUCGUCGGAGGUGGGCUAGGACACAACGACACACUGCAGUCGGCUGGUUUGCAGCUGUUUGGCCGUUCGCCCCUCGUCGACCACGUCAAUGUGACCAACAGCAGCAUGCAUGCCGUUCAGGUGGUAUCACCUCGAGGAGAGGUUAUCCUGAACAUGGUGAAUGUCACGAACAACGCUGGUGUCGGCAUCACCAUCACCACCGCCAGCAUCCAGUCCGCCACUACCAACGCAGAUGUUCCAACGCAUCCGUUGACUCUGCCGUACUACACGCAGUCAAUGGUGGACAUAUGCGCUGCAGGCAAAAUGCUCCAACUCACCAAUCGUCUUAUGGUUUACUAUAAGUACGACUCUUUGCCUGUGGACUGUGUGAAGAUUUUUUCGUCUCCAGGUCGGAAGGUGGCUUUUCGGUUCCUCCAGGUGAAUCUUUAUUCAUCACCGGCGGAUAUUGGUAGGUCGGAUGUGCUGAGGGUAUACGCGUCUAUCUCUUUCAUGCCGAUUUCUCUUCUAGCCGAAUACAGAAUGGAUCGCGAGUCGACUCCAUUUUCACAUGCUGUUAGUGCUGACGUCCUUGCCAUUCAUUUUCGUGGCACUGCCGCUGAUGGAGGAUAUGGUUUCAUUGCCGAAAUCUCAGCUAUACCAAGUACACCUGACUCCGGUGAGUCUUUCUUGCGAGGAUCAAGAGUUGACCGAAAUGACAGAGGAGCAGUUGUCUAUCAGAAUACUGGAGAGAUGAGUCCAGCUGUAGUUAUAGAGGACUGUUCGUUCAGUAGGAAUGGUAUUCAUCUCUUUGGCAACAUAUCGACUUCUUUGCAUGCGGUGGAGCUUCUUCUUCAUAAUACUAUGUUUGUGCUGUUUCGCGGUAACUCGUUGGCCCAUAAUCGUGGAGGUCUACUUGUGUCGGCUCAGUCAUCCUCAGCUGUUGCACGCUUGAAUGCCGUCAUUAAGAACAACCUUUUUUCGUGGAACUCCAACAGCACAACUCUGGAACUUUGCGGCAACAACUUUCAGAUGGUAACUAUGCUGAACAACAUCAUCUCGUACAACUACGCUGUCCACCAUGACACAGUGAAAAUUCACGAUAUGUCGGUAAACCUGACUCGUAACCUGUUCUUCGCCAACACUGGUCUGCAUACGGUUGAUUCUCAAGGGUACUCUCGGAUCACUUCGGAGACGCAAACGUUCCUCUACAACAAUUUUGAGGAAAAUAUCGCCCUUGGCCACGGCCAUCAAUAUCUGGAGCAGUAUGGUUUUCUUCCCGAAAAAGAGCAUGACGAGUUCCUUCGUAGACCCAGAAGACAGGUGAUCACACAAGAAGGUAUUUCAUUCGACUGGUGGACCCAUGUGGGAACGGAGAGCGAGAGAUAUCGCAGCACCAUACUGGCGGGAAGCUCUCAGCAACACUUCAGAGGAAACGUGUUUAACGACAAGAAGAACUCUUACGAGCUGACCACCUCGAAACGAACCCAGUAUGAUAUCGGAUCUAUCGAUGCCCGGCUAAACUACUGGGGAUAUCCUGGCGUGGAGAGCGUUGCUGCUGGCAAAAUACGCGACUUUUCCGACUAUCCGUACCUCACCAAGGUGGACUAUCAACCAGUACUGGAAUCGAAUUCGUCUCUUCUAGAAGGCGACUGCCCGGCUGGUUGGUUCCAAGCCGGGUUAGAAGAAUUCAAAUCAUGCUUUCUUUACGUAUGUUUCAUGAAGCAAUGUGUGUGUACUCUUGAUAAUCUGUACAAGACGUGCGAACACUCAAGUAUUUGCCCGGCAAUGGACUCUUUCGUGCCUUAUUUGAGAGCAGACGACGUUCGCCAGAAACAAAUCGCGCAACGAAUUGACCAGUUCAGCCAGCAAUACAUCACUGACCCUGAAAAAUUUGAUUCGUUCGGACUGCGUUCGGACGCGGUAGUGUGGAUCUCGUCGGUCUCGAUUCCAUCGACGCAGUGCGCUUGGCUGAGCGCUCGUACUGGCCGGAUUGGCACACAGAAUUGCAACAAUCUAAUGCCUUUCGUAUGCGAAAAAGGAACACAACCGUAUGUCGAGCCGGUGCUGUGGCGUGCUGGCAUUGUGGUUGCCGUGAUCAUCAUCAGCCUUCUAUUAGUGAUUCUAUUUCUACUCGCUCUAUGUUGGUGUAUAAAAUCGCGAAGAAGAACUGAAGAUAACAUCGAACGGAAAAACAUCAUAAGAGCUAGCCUCAAGUUACCAACCGUACAGAAUUCACAUGGAAGCACAAUGUGCCCCUCCCAUCAGAAUAACAGUCUUAUAUACUGCCCAAUGUCAUACAUGAUAAUGAGGCAUUCUUUCCUGCGGUUCAUUUUUGAGUGUCUGGAAUUAAUCCAGAACGCCACGAGAGUUUUGCGCGCUUGUAUUCUCGAUUCUUGUGCGAGGAUCGUGACAUGUACUUCAAAGUCCUCCCUGCUAUGUCUCUGGGUCUUAUGCGUGCCCAGUGGGGUAUUUGGUUUACGUUUGCCUGCUAGGUGGUCUUUUAUGCGGACACAGAGGGGUCUACCCGUUUCGCCAAUGUUUUCGUCACCGCACGUCUUACAGGAGAUCAGAUAA